GGCCUGAACUACCGCCUCUCAAAGCAGCUGGCCGUCCACCGACGAAUGUUCAUCUCUUCCGUUUUGCCGCAGGUGAAUGCAGAGUUUACGAAAGCGACUGGGGAUUUCUUGAACCUCCUGGAACAACCCACUACACCGGAUUAUGAUUCUUGGAAUUUCAUUCUCUGUGCAAUUAGAACGCCUAAGAACCUGAAUUUCACGAAGGAAUUUUUCAUUUCCAGCAGUCAGAAGAAACCCCUUCGAUUAUCUCAGUCAUCGUCGACUCCCCCCCUUUCCGCAGCGUCCUCUCCUCCACCAAACUCCGAUACAAUAGCCCCGACGCCUAACUCCCAUCAUCUCUACCAUGAGUCUAUCGAAGGAAUAUUCAACCACGUCGCGGUACGCCGUCGAACUAAUUGCUUGAAUCCCCGCAUUUGUAUCUGGUUCAAGCUCCUGCCGCGAAGGGAUGGAGAUGAACAAGUGAAGGCCCAAUCAUCACACAAAUAUCUGCAAUCGAAUUGAAGUCAUCCAAGGUAAUUGAAACGCUGAAUGCAGGUUAAGAAAACCCCCCAAUAUCUUCAAUUAUCGUUGUGGUACUUUUGCUCCUUUGGCCAAACUGUUGAUCAUCUUUACUUAAGAAUUUGCAAAUUUUGUAUAUUGAAUUCAUUACUCACUUGGUUUAUGGGCUGUGUUUCUGUAUAUCCCUACAUUAAUGGAUAUAAUAAUGAUUUGCUCAGCAUUAGUACAAAAGGCCAAGAAAUUGAUCUCUUACUUUGAGUAUAUAGUGGCCAUUGACCAAUCCUCCAAUCCAAAGUGAGGAUGUUUUGUUUUUGAUAGGUUGCACUUAUUUAAUAUAUCUUUUUUGAUGUUGUUGUUUGAUUUUGUUUGCUUGCUUUUGUGUUCUAUUUAUAUGUUCAGUGUCUCAAGGAGUUAUAUGCAGUCAGAUGGUGUGGUUGGGGAAAACCCGAGUCAGAGAAUAGUAGAUGGAAAAUCUUAGUUUGGCAAUGGUUUUUUCCCUUAUUUAUAUUUCUUAACCUCGUGCUUAAAUGUGUACCCAAAGAAGUAAUUCAACGUCAUGCAUCAUGUAUAUAAGCUGACUCAGGGUGUUACGUGAGCCAGUAGGCAAACAGCUGUGAUAUCCUUGCAACCUCAUUCUUUAAUGGUUUCGAUUCAGGAUGAAAUAGCAUAUGUGAUAUCCUUGCCUCAUUCUACUUCGCUUAUGUCUAGGAUUGUUGGGUUGUAGAGAUUAAAUGAUACGAAGAGCUGUUAUCAUUCAAUAGCUACCAACGACCAUGUUUUUUCAAUAAUUGUUUUUUCUUCUUCUUUGAGUAUGCAAGUAAUAUAUUAUAGAUAAUAUUUGAAAAACAAUGAGUUGGAUUGUUUAUGUCGAUGAUUAAUUGUGGUUCUGUUUUCUGCUACUUUCAGGAUUCUAGAAAUUCGGCCCCAUCCGUCUUUUGCUUUCAUUUGGUUUGUGCUUCAUUAUUCCACUUCUUGACAGCAGCUGGGGAUUCGCAAUUUGCUUGCUUUCCUGGUUUGUUUUGAUGUAGGACCUAUACAUUUGGUUGCCAUCCUCAGGGUAUUCUGAUUUUUUGGUUCUUAGAUUGAUAGUAGUGAGCUCUCUAAACCACACUUACCACAAGGACUCUAUGUUGGAUUAGAAUAGGCUGACUCACUUAUAUCAUCUUAUUUUAAGCUUAUGUUUGACUUCCUUUGAACUCUCCAGCAAUUGAUUACUCAUAUUGGUUUUAGGGAUUGGUCGACCAUUUGAUACAUGUUGUGUAUUGAGUGCAUUUGUUAAGUAUACUUAGUAUAGGGUUGAGAUGAUGAAUCUGUGUCAUCGACCUAACGUCCAAAUGCUAGCCCGAAGCCUGAAGGUCAUUUUGAUCAUAUUAAAUAGGUCUUUCUUUCCAAUAGCAACUUCUGUCAAGGGCUGCGUUUUAAAUUCGUGGUUCAUCUUUGCUUUCGCGUUUUUCUUUUCAUUAUUGAUUAGAGAUUGCUAUAGAGUUUUGUUUCUGUUCUGUUCAGUCUUUGUGUUUCUGGAAUUCAUAGCAUGUGUAUUGAGUGCAUUUAUUAAGUAUACUUAGUAUAGGGUUUAUUUGUUUUCGCUUAGCAAUUUGCAGAUGCAGCUGUUGCGUCCCUUGCAGAAUUGGUUAACUGGUGAUUAGUGGACAGGAUGAAACAUUGCAAAGUUUUUCUGAAAUAGUAUUUUUUUUUGUUGCCUCAUUCCGUCCAAUUGAAUGGUUUCUAUUCAGGAUGAAACAACAGUUAUGAUAUCCUUGCCUCAUUCUACUUCGUUUAUGUCUAGGAUUGUUGGGUUGUGGAGAUUAAAUGAUACGAAGAACUGUUAUUAUUCAAUAGCUACCAACGACCAUGCUUUUUCAAUCAUUGUUUUUUAUUCUUCUUUGAGUAUGCAAGUAAUAGAUUAUGGAUAAUGUU